AUGCUCAAUGUUAAUCAGAAAGAUCGUAUCUUAGCUGUCAUUGGAGAUACUGACACUGUUGUUGGAUUUUUACUUGGAGGAAUUGGUGAAUUAAAAAAAACAAAAGAGGAGAAUUACUUUAUUGUUGAAAGAGACACCCCUUUAACAGCUAUUGAAGAAGCAUUUAAUUCAUUUGUUAAUAGAGAUGAUAUAGCUAUAAUUCUUAUUAAUCAGCAUAUUGCUGAACUUAUUCGAAAUGCCAUUGAUAAUUAUAGAAAAAGUAUUCCAGCGAUUUUAGAAAUACCAUCAAAAGGGAUUCCAUAUGAUCCAAAUAAAGAUAGUGUUCUUAAUAGGGCACGUGGACUUUUUAAUGCUGAAGACUUUAUAUAA